AUGUCGCGCAUGCCCGACAACCCGCAGAUUGUGUUCCAGUCGGAGAAGCCGUUGCCCGCCGGCCAUUUCCUUUGUGAGAUACGCAGAAUGUUCGAGAAAAACGGUAAUCGGCAAUUGUUUGCUUGUUUCGCAAAUUGACGUCAAUAUUUUACAGCUCCGAAUAUGCCAAAGGGAGAAUGGGAGACGUUCAACAAGCUGGUUAAGAGUGUCAUCGCUGCGGACGCACGUGAGUCAUGGGUCUCGCCACGAAAGCAAAGAAUGAAACAGUUUCAGAUGCGGUCCGUGUGGUGCAAAAGACAGAGGAUUCUCGUUUGAAGGCCAUCGUGGGAGCAUACGACAAAAGAUUGGACGAGCAGGGCGAGAAAUGGCACAAUAUCUGCAACGCCAUUCAACUCACUGCUGCCGGAAGUGUGUCGAACUUUCGGGAUGAAGUCGAGUCAAAGUUCACGGUGAUCAAGCAAAAAGAGGAGAUCGAGAGAAUGGUCAAGGAGGUGCACAAGUGCAAACUGCAGGUUGUGCUCUUGGAGCUGAGAACGACCUGCGCGAUGAGAGAGCAGUGCUUGGGGCACCAGCAGGAAGUGAUGGACCUGAAGAGACAGAUCCACGAGCAGCAACUGGCGAUCCAGAAGCUCAGCUUCUACAAGUUCGACUACUCGAGAGUGAAGUUUCAUUGA